CAUUUUUGGCAAGUGAGGCUUAAAAUACAUUUGCAUCAAAUCAAGCAUUGAGUAACAAGAAAAUCUAAUAGCCAGGUUCAGUUCACCCAUCUUUUUAACACCUGAAGGAUGAAAUUCUCAAGGAAAGCCAAAGGAAAGAUUGGAGUCAUCGAUCCUUUUGCUAAGCGUCACAUAACAUCUUCCCACGGUGUUCCUUUAGGUGGCGUUGGUGCAGGAAGCAUUGGAAGAAGUUUUAAAGGCGACUUUCAACGUUUGCAGCUCUUCCCUCUAGCGUGCCAAGACAAACCAGUCUUGGCAAAUCAGUUUUCUCUUUUCGUUUCACGUCCAAAUGGUGAAAAACAUUCAACCGUCCUAUGCUCAGGGAAGCCCGAUGUAUUGAAAGAAAAUCCAGCAUCAGGGAUUAAAUCAUGGGAUUGGAAUAUGAAUGGAGCAAGUUCUACGUAUCACGCAUUAUACCCCAGGGCUUGGACAGUAUAUGAGGAACCUGAUCCAGCAUUGAAAAUAGUUUGUCGCCAGAUUUCACCUGUUAUACCCCAUAACUACAAGGAGAGCAGCUUUCCUGUAUCCGUUUUUACUUUUACGCUGAAUAAUUUAGGCAAAACAACAGCAGAUGUCACCUUGCUUUUCACAUGGGCUGUAAGUGAAAUGUUUUUUGCUGGCUGUUUACUGUUACAGUAUGUUGGUUUUGAAUACUUGUGCGUUUUGUUGAGGUAUUGAGUGCAAAACAAAAGGAAAGCCAAAGGAAAGGUAAUCUAGUAGAGGGUAAGAGUUUGGGUACACACGGCCGGUUUCAAGGGUUGAGAUUCGGACCCGAACUUUACCAAUCAGCAAAUCCUUGUUAUCUGGACCAUUAACCUGACAAUUGUCAAACACCCCCACAGUGAGAACUGUCGCUGGAUCAAAAACUUCUCAUGUGUACUGCUCAUGGUAUUUUGGGUCUAGACUAUUAUUGAUUGUUCGAGUACGAACCCAUUUUCGCCCAUAUUUUGCCACACAGUAUGCAUCUGAUGUUCCUCUUCCAUCCCUGGCUUUCAUCGGGUGAAGUCCAUCAACUUUUAGAAUGCCGAGUUCUAAAACGCCGAUUGGCUUCUUCCAGAGCUGCUUUGAGGUGGGUGUAAGAUCACUGAUAUGAUAAAUUGACUCAUCAAAAACAUGGUACCCACCAUCAAGAUAGACACUAAGGUGAAUCCUACUAGAAAAUACAUCAUUUAUCUUCCCCUGUUUCCCAUUAAUGAAUCAGAUAAAAUAGAUAGAUAAAAAAAAUGUAAUUUGGCCUUGAAAAAAUAAUAGAAAGAAAAUGCAUUUUUUUUAAUGAGAAGUUAUUUGCAGGAUCAA